AUGCGUACUUUGGAAGAACUUAACCCAUCACUAGUAACACCUACACAUCAAGUCAUUCUCUUGAAUUCGAAUAACUCUCAGAAUAUUUGUAUGAAUGGGCGAGACAAAUCACACACCCUUCGCAAUACAAUGAAUAGUCGUCUACAGAAUUUCCAAUCUUUUACAAACAACAUCCAUAGCAGGAGGAAAUCAUCUGCAAGCCGACCCUCGAGUUCUGUUUAUAGAUCAAAGAUUCUUAAACGCUGUGGUAGACAGUUAAAACGAUUAAUGGGGCGUAGAAUAACUAUGGUACCUACUGCUAUUAUUGAAAAUGAUAAUCAUAAUAUUGAUUGUGAUUCACCUGCAACGAAUUCUUAUGAAACGCCAGCUAGAUUAACAAAUACAUCAGAAUGUUGUCUACAUCAAUGUGAAAAGAAGUGUAUAAGUGUGGAAAUGUUGAAAGAUGUACAGAAUCAGCAAAAUAAAUUAUUUCAAGAAGUUAAUCAGCUGAAACAACAAUUCUCAAAUAUUCAAAAUGUUUUAGUAUCUCUUCAAAAUAUUCUUGUGAAUCGAAUUACUCUGCAAAAUCUGCAUCCUUCAUCAUCAUCGUCGUCACCUUCUUCGUCAACAUCUUCACAUUUAAUAAAUCUAUCCUAUAAUAGUAGUAAUAAUAAUGGCAGUGGUGUUGAUACUAUACAAAUUGUGAAUACUAAACAGUCGUCUAUUGAUUGUGGAACUGUUCCUCCUUUGACCAAUGCACAAGAUACUACUAUAACUACCAAUAAUAAUAAUAGUCAAAUGAUUUCCAAUCCUUGUGUAAAGUUAGAUAAUCUUGUUUACCUAACGUCUAGUUCAUCACAAUAUCUACAUCCACCGCCAGCAACAGCAGCAGCACUCCUACCAAAAGCAACAUUAACCACAACUGGAAUCCAUAGCCCUCUAACCGUCAAUCCAUCAUCUUUUAUGCCAUUGAAAAUUCUUACAAAUUGUUCUUCCUAUGAAAAUACUUUCAUCUCAUCAUCGAAUAUUCUAUCCUCUUCACCAUCUAUCUUAUCUGUUGUGCAUAGUUCACUUCCAUCGCAUAUACCAUUGUCUUUAAUGACAAAACUUCCUUCAGACCAUACUUCCAAUGGAAUAGUCAAUUUACAAAUUACUCCAAAUCCAAUUAAUCCAGUGAAUCAAUCAACACACAAUCUAACUUUAAAUGAACAAACCGGUCUGCUGGCGUCGUCAUUACCAUCAUCAUUCCCUACAACACAAACUAGUCAAACAACGCCGUAUCCGCCUAUUUUGAUAUUAAAUCCAUUACAGUCAAACUACUGUCCACAAAUAGCAUUAACAGCAGCAACAACAACAACGCCAACCUUGUCAAAUCCUACCUCAAUACAAACAUUUCUACCUAUUACAACAACAACAGCUACUAGCAGUAGUAGUACCACUGCUAGUACCAUAUCAUUUUCUAAUCAUACCAUUCUACCUAAGUUAGAAGAUUCAAAUAGUCAGCCUAUUACAACAUCAUAUCCUAACAGUAUCGUUCCUAAUGGUACAGAUGAAAAUAUUGAUCCAUUAGAUAGUCCAGAGUCAAUUGAUUCAUCACAAUACCAAAUAAAGCAUACAAAUGAACCAUUGAAUACCUUUGAAAUAGCUUCAACUGUUCGUGAUCUACUAAUAAAGCAUAAUAUAUCUCAACGUCAAUUCUCUAAACAUGUACUUAAGUUGAGUCAAGGAACUAUGAGUGAGUUAUUAUCCAAGCCUAGACCAUGGUAUAGGUUAACAGCACGUGGUCGUGAUUCAUUUCGACGAUUACAAGCAUGGAUAUUGGAUCCAAAUAAUAUUAGCAGUUUUAAAACAUAUCAACGGAAACGGACUACCACUGUAACUACUCAUGCUGAAUGUGAAACUUCAAAUCUAGUCAAACAGUCAUUACCACCAGUGUUGCACUCAGAUCCUGUAGAACAGACAUCAGUGUAUCAAUGGGAUUUAACUUCAUUGAAAUUACCAUCCCUUUCUUCAUCUGUCCAUAGUAAUAAUAAUAAUACUAAUAACAGCAAUCUUGAAUCGCAGAAUACUGCAGCUAAUCAAUCGCAUAGAACAGAAUCCACUUAUGACUACUUGGAGAAUCAAAGAUUAUCUGAUUAUCUACCUUUACCAAAACUGCAACUGUCGUCGGAACCGAAACGUAUUAUUCAUAGAAGUGAAUUUGAAGAUGCUGGUCGUAGAUCUAACAUGCAGAAAAAAGAACUAGACAAUGAACAUGAACACUCAUCAACUAUUGCUAAUCUUCAAAUAACAACAACUGAUUCCUCUUCACAAAGUAUUAUCACGGCGGUGAAACAAAGUCAAUCAGAAGGGCAUACAUCAGCACUAUUGUUAGCUUUUAGUCUUGGCUUAGUGUGUUGUUUUAUAGGCUUAUUGAUUGUUGAAUGGAGACGUCGUCAAAAACUACGCUUAUGGUCAGCAAAACCGUAUCGUUCACAUCUUCAACCACCUCCAGAACAGUCAAUUAUAUUUGGUGGUACUACUACUGCCGGUGGAGGUCGAACAAAAAUUUCUAUGUCUAAAUUGAAGUCAUAUCGUAAGUCGAAAAGGAGUUGUCUAGCAAAUGAAAAGAUGAAUAAGACUUCCUCUAAUCAUUGCAACAGUAGCAAUAAUAACGAUAAUAAUAUGGAUGAGGAGAAAGCUUUAUUCGAUGAUUUAGUUUUGUGA